ACCGGAGUUGGGUUGAUACGAUUUCGAUAAUCGCGAUAAUCGCGAUUUCCAGUAAGCGCAACUGCAAGAGCUGUGGCGACGUGAGGGUCGUCUUUCUGCUCUGCUGUUAAAACUGACGUUUUCGAGCUGUCUGUUCUGCCACUCGUGUUAUUAAUGCAAAUGAUCCCGUUUCAACCGCAUCACCUACAAUAAUCUGAGAGCCAACUAGAAUUCAUCGAGUUGAUGUAGCUAGAACGAAUCCAUUCACAAUGUUCUGGACGGGUAAUUAUGUAUCAUCACCUCACAUCGAUGCCUUGCUCAACAAAGAGAAUGUCACGCUGCAUGAGCUUAUGGACGAGGAGGACAUAUUACAGGAAUGUAAAAGUCAGAAUAAAAAACUCGUUGAAUAUUUAACGAGACCGGAAGUGAUGAAAGAAUUAGUGAUGCUCAUAACACAGGAACCCUCUCCGGAAGUAGAGGAACGUUGGCGGUACAAAUAUCCCAACAUCGCUUGCGAGUUGCUGACCUGCGACGUUCCUAUGCUUAACGAGAAAUUAGCAGGAGAUGAAUCCCUACUUACGAAGCUAUAUUCGUUCAUAGACACAGAGCCGCCGCUCAAUCCGUUGCUGGCAUCUUUUUUCAGCAAGACGAUUGGCGUACUUGUUGCACGAAAGAGCGAUCAACAUUGGUACUCCUAUCAGUUCACAUGCUUACAGGUUCUGGUGUUUCUUAAAAGCCGUCGAAAUUGCGUGGAUCUGCUUUUGCAGCAUUUAGAAACUUCGGCUAUAAUGGAUUUGGUGCUGAAACUUGUGACGCAGGUUGAAGGCAGUGAAAUGAGACAAAAUAUACUUAACUGGCUCGACGGACAGCAUGUGGUGGAAAGGUUGUUGGAACUGUUAUCUCCCUCUUCGGAAGUCAGUCGGCACGCCAACGCUGGACAAGUUCUUUGCGACAUGAUAAAAGCUGGCAGAGAAAAUUGUCUGGGAACCACUGAACGGAACGACCCAGAUCCCAUUCUGAAUCGACUGGAAUCCACCGAAACAGUGAGUCUUCUACUGGAGACAAUUUUGUCUGGAGAAAAAAUCGAGAGUAGUAUCGUCGGUGGCAUCGAGGUGCUCCUGGUGCUCUUGGGUCCGAGGACGAACAACGCUUACAACGAGAUGGACAAUCACGGCAACGGCGGAGGAGAAGAUUCGAGCGACAACGAGCAGCGCAUAAAAAUCUCGACCGCCACUCUGCCGUACCUUGGAAAACUGCACAAUCUACUUUUAGAACCUCCACAUAAGCCUGCUGUGAAAACGACGGCUGGACUCUUAGAGCUGCCGUUGGGCAGCACUCGACUUCACGUCGCCAAAUUAUUAGUCGCACUUUUAUCCACGGAGAACGUACAGAUUCGUGAAGCAUUGGCGGAACUGGGAACGUUCGAAGUAUUAUUAGAUCUAUUCUUCAAGUAUGCCUACAACAAUUUCUUGCACACGCAAGUCGAACAGUGUAUAGCUCUGGCGAUCAACUCCGAUGUGGAGGAUGCUAACGCAGUGAUAUACGAGAAUAUUUUUGUUAAAUGUAGAAUAAUCGAAAGAAUACUUGAAGCCUGGGAGGAGAAUGAUACGAAACAGGGCGAAGAAAGAGGUAUACGACAGGGGUACAUGGGCCAUUUAAUUAAUAUAGCUAACAAUAUCGUAACGCAAUGUGAAAAGAGUAACGUACUAGAGGCUUUUUUGAAAGCCAAUUUAUCCCCGGAUUGCCUUAAUAAAUGGGAAGCUCUCGCAUCGAAUCAACUAGCCGAUAUAAACAAGACUCACAAAAUAUGCCUGGGCGGUAAGCAACAGCCGUACAUGACGAGCUCAGAGGAAAACAGUGACGAUUACAGUUCAUAUCCGCAGAGUCCCCACGUACAACAACUCUACGAUACAUAUCAGAGUCAACAGAUGACCUCUGAGUUCAUGGGGAACUGCAUGUUCAACGACGAGAAAUUCAACGACGGGGAGGAGACUCUUCAUAACUCCGUCGACGACGUGCAUUCCUUUGACUUUAGACUGAGUGAGGAAGACCUGGACAAAGGAGAGGAAAUGUUUAACAAAGUGUGUGAUCAGAAGCAGAAAGCAGGAUUGGACGAAAGUUCUGGGCUAGGUGAAUGGGGCGACGAAGGUGAACUCACCUUCCAAACGGUGAUCGACAAGCGUAAUUUUAGCUCGAAACAGCUACAACGUUAUUCCAACUCUUUUUCAGACGACGACGAUGACGAAACGCAGGAUCUACACAUGGAAGUUGACUCGACCGAGCCAUGGGAUUCAGCCCAAUGUAGGUGCAGAACUGUCACCUUACCACCGACAAAUCCAUGGGCCAUAGUUAGCCAAGAACAAAGUGAACAAACUGGCUGGGCCAACUUUGACAACUUUGAAAGUACGUUAAGCAUAGACGAGAACAGUGGCACGGACAACAAGCCCAAUGAAAAAUUGGAGCAAGAACAAAACGUGAAAGCCUCGCCGCUGGACAAGGAUGUUUCGCUGGAGAAUACGAUCGAUGCAAAAGCGAUCGGCGGUGGUGACACACCCAAGAUUGAUACCGCCGUUGAAAUAAUUGAUCCGCCAUCAACGGAGGCAAUUUUAAAUAACAAAGUUCAAAGUGUCGAUUCCAUAAAUACGUCCGACGACAACGCAAACCCCAGUGAAUUCGUCGGUGACAGAACAUCUUUCGCAACUUCGGAAAGCAAAACCUUAACGGAUGUUAAAAAUACCGUAGAACGUGAAGAGGAGGUCACCGACAACUUACCAAACCAGCCGACAGAAAAUUCUUGUACAGCUUCGGAUAAACUCACUCAAAAUAUAUCAGAGGAUUUAAAAUGAAUUAAAGAAACAAAAAGAAGUUAAAGUUAAAAUAAAAGAAAAUUAAAAGAAAAAAAAAACAGAAAAUAAUAAAUAAGUAUGUUAUAGAUUUGUAACAGCAAUAGCGCGAUGAUCCAUAUCAGAAUGACCUUAACCAUCAUUUCCUGAAAGCAUUACAUCAAUUUUGACUUUUCACUAAAUUCUAUUUACGUUGUUGAUAUUUCGCAGCUGGUUUAGUAUAAAAAAAAAGUUAUUAUCGCAAUGUUUUCUUAAUUAAAAAAAAAAAAACAACAAAAAAAGACAAAAAAAAAGUAGAAGAAAUGAAAGGAAAGAAGAAGAACGAAAGAAAGAAGAAAAGAAAAGAGAAAAAAAUACUGAAUAUAGAAAUGAUGAUCAUGGAACAGAUUUUUAUAAAUGCUCAACUAUAUAGCUGGUAAAUAAUGAAUUGUUUCAUAUUAUAUUAUACAUAAAUAAUGAACAUAAUAUAUAAAAUCAGUUUGAUUAUCUUCGUUGUUUCCCAGCUGCUAGUGUUCACGCAUAUGUAUUUAAAAAAAAUAAAUAAAUAAAAAGAAAAGAAAGAAGAAAAAACAACAAAAAUAAAACAGUAUAAAGAAAAGCAAAAAUAACGUUUAAAGAAAAAAAGAAGAAAUGAAAAAAAAAAAAGUAUGAAAAAAAACCAUUAUGAUUAGUCUCUGUAUUUUAUGCUAAUUGUUCACAGCCUCGUAUAUAAAAAAAAAAAACAAAAAAAAAAACAAAAAAUUUUACAUUAUAAAUAAGUGAUGACUAAAUAUACAUUUUUUUAAACGAAUGUAACUACAACGUAUUAUAUAUAUAUAUAUCUAUUGUCUACCCGUUAUUGCCUGAUAUUUUAUACAUUGUAAUAUGGAAAAAGUAAUUAUUAUUGCGGAGAGAUUAUGAAAAUUCACCUUUCUUCUCCGAUUCUGUACUAACGAUAAGAUCUCUCUCUCUCUGGAUCGCUAGACAAGAAAACGUGAAUAGUAAGAAGAAAGAAAUCAAAUAAAAUGAAUAAAUAAACGAACGAAUUAAAAGUACAAUGAGACGGGUAAUAGAAACGAAUUGGCAAAGCGUUUAAUUCUGUUUGUAAAUUAAUUGGAAAUACGGGGGUGAAGUGAAGGAAGUAAUGAAUAGAAAAUAUGAUGAAAAUAUUGUAAUAUUAUUACACACGAUUUACGUAACGUAAAUAUCAUGCGUUAGGUAAUAACGCGUGUAAACACAGCUGUGAGAAUUAUGAGUAAGCGUCACCACAGUCCGAUAUUUCAACGUAAAAAAAACGAGAAACACGAUGAAGAAUACAAUUACAGCGCUUUUGAUUUGUCAGAAGUAAUUUGAUUUAUUUUGAUAGGAAAAUAAAGCAGUGCCUAGAAAUCGGCUGAAACGUAUAAACCGUGUGUUUACCGUCACAAUGUGAUUCGAAAUAAGAAAAGAGAGAAAGAAGAAAUAAGAAAUCAUUGAAAAGAAAAAUUUGGAAAAAAAAGUAUACCAUAUAUUUUUACGUUACGGGAGUAUGAUAAAAUAGGUGUUAGAAAAAAAAGCGAAAAAAAAAAAAAGAUUCCCUCGACGACAGGAGAAUUCGAAUUUGAAUUAUAUUGAAAUAAAUCGAAGAAAAAGAAACAACCCGUUUCCAUUCCACGUAACUGAAGAGAAAUUUUGCAAAAAGUUAUAAAAAAAAUUAAAAAAAAAAAAAAGGGGGGGUGGGGAACCGUGGCAAAUAAAUGUUAGUUACAUGAAAAAAAGAAAGAAAGAAGAAGAAAAGAAAAAUAGAGCGAAAACAAAUUUAAAAAAAAAAAACAAACAACAAAUACAAUCUAUGUUCGUUGAAUUUUUGUAAUCGAGAAUAUUAUUUUUCAAUUUCCAUCCAAGUCAUGCAAGAGAGUGCGUAAUGGAGACUUUUAAAACUCGUUGCAACUAUUCGCUGAUUUUUUAAUGCACGAUCGCCUAGACUGUAGAAGGAAUAAAAAAAAUGUACACGCGCAUAUAUCUGUGUAUCGUAGGCUAACAGAGAAACAGAUUGCGAUUUUUGAAGCGUUGUUUUUUUCGUUUUCUUUUCGUCUUCUCCCAGUUCCGAUGAAAGGGCGCGGUAGUUAAGAUAUUAUGCAUAUUAUUAUGUACUGUAUAUAUAAUAUAAAGUAUAUCGCAUGAUUUUUAACGUUCGUUACAGAGACUUUGAUUAAUUUCUAAUUUUAAUUAUUUUCCUUUUAUUUUCUCCGCCAUCGCCGUUACCCGACGACCCUUGAGAGGAUAAUUAGAUCCACCGCGUAUUCGUACGAUAAAAUUAAGUAGAACAAUAUCACCCUACAGUGACGAAUAAUAAUAAUUAGCCUACGUUUAGACGUAUAUUAGAGGUAAUUGAAUGUUAAAACGAUUAAUAAUAACGAUCGUCGACUCCCGAAUAAGAUUUUCGUUAUUUGUUUUCUCUUUUCGUUUUCGCUUUCCGUUUUUUCUACCGAUCUCCUCCCAUUUGCUUUGCAUUUUUUUUAACUACGACACAGUCGAGUCCACGAUUGAAGAUUGAUUUAUCUCGACCGUGUCGUUCGUAUCUGUAUAUGAAAUUAUCACAUUGUACACUGUGAUAGGGAUAUUCGGAGUUCGAACGGCUUUAGAUUAUCCAUUUGGGAUCAACAACGAGUAACACGACGUGUAAAAACAAUGCGAUACAAUGUUGGUACACUUUAUUUAUGUAAUUACUAAUGAUUCAUAUAAUAUAUUGUACAAAUUAUUACAGUAAAAGUAUAUGUUCCUGUAAUUAUGUCUA